UCACAGUCUGCAGGACAGCAGAACUUCCGGCGCUCGGACGAUCGGAAAGCUUUUCUCCGAAGGCAUCAAAAACAUUUAAAAGGAAACAGCACUGCCUCUACAUCCAGGGGACCAUGGAGAAUGUAUCAGCAGUGACGUCCUUCAUACUGACGGCCUACACUGAACUGGAAGAUCAAAAAUAUUUAUAUUUCGCAUGUUUACUCUUUUUGUACAUUUUCACAUUAUUGGUCAAUUCAGUUCUAAUUGGCGUAAUUUACAUUGAGAAAGGCCUGCACGAGCCCAUGUAUUUGUUUAUAUGUAACUUAUCAGUUAAUGGAGUGUAUGGCAGUACAUCUUUAUUACCAUCCAUGCUUAGCCAUUUUAUGUCUCGUUAUUAUGAAAUAUCUUUGACCCACUGCCUGUUACAGAUAUACUGUUUACACUCAUAUGGUACAGUUGAAUUUACUAUUUUAGCAGUGAUGGGCUAUGACCGGUAUGUUGCUAUUUGUCGCCCGUUACACUAUCAUCAAUUAAUGUCUCCUAGAAAAGCUUAUGCAGCCAUUGUAUUAUCCUGGAUUAUUCCCUGUCUGUACUUUGCCCUUUAUUUCAUAUUAACUCUUCAGUAUUCAUUUUGUGGCAGGUUUAUAGAAAAAGUUUAUUGUAUGAAUUUCCCUUUAAUUAAGCUGUCUUGCUUUGAUACAACGUUACAUAACUAUGUAGGACUAGCACUGAUUUUUGUUUCACCUUUUUCUCAGAUCCUCAUGAUACUGUUUUCCUAUGCGCAAAUACUCAGAAUCUGCCUGUUUGUUUCCAAGGAAUCUCAAAUCAAAGCUAUUCAAACAUGCACCCCACACUUAAUGGCUGUGAUUAACUAUGCAGUGGGAUGCUUAUUUGAGCUCAUUCAAAGUCGCUUUAACAUGAGUAACGUACCUUAUAAAGCCCGCAUAUUCAUGUCUAUAUAUUUUGCAAUAUUUUCUGCAAUACUUAAUCCUUUUCUUUAUGGAAUGGGAAUUCACGCCAUACGAGUUCAGAUUUUAAAACUGUUCAGUAGUAGCAAAAGUAAAUGAGCUCUUCUACUAAUGGUGAAGAUAAUAAAUAAUUGCUUGCUUUUUUUGUUAUUUACAUUUUCUUAUUCAUGCUGCACUGCUGAGCACUGAGCAAUCGAAACUGAUAAAGUGAUAUCAAUCCAUUAAUAAAAAGCAGCAACGUUAACAAGCUCUGAAAUGUGCUAAUGUCAAAAUUUGAUGGUUUGUCGGUUUAUUUAUUUAUUUUUACAUAUUUUUACAUACCCACUCAAGUUGAUCCCAUCCAAUCAAAAACCUUUUUCAUAGCAAGUACCAACACAGCAGUAAUCCAAUCACAUUUAUCAUUUCAGAGCAGGAAAUUCAGAGAAAGCAAAAAGACAGAGUUAUCACACCCCAGAAACAAACCCCCCA